GCUUCCUGUAGUAGUUGGAACGGGUUGCCUGGAGACAGCGGAAAAGUUUGGGAGCAACGAUGGAGAAAUAUGAGAAAAUCAAAGUUGUCGGAAGAGGAGCAUUCGGGAUCGUUCACCUGUGCCGCAGGCGCGGCGACGGGGCCUUUGUCAUCCUGAAGGAGAUCCCAGUGGAGCAGAUGUCACGAGACGAACGCCUGGCGGCUCAGAACGAGUGUCAGGUCCUGAAACUGCUCAACCAUCCAAAUAUCAUAGAGUACUAUGAGAACUUCCUGGAAGACAAGGCCCUCAUGAUAGCUAUGGAGUAUGCACCAGGUGGAACCUUGGCGGAUUACAUACAGAAGCGCUGUAACUCUCUGCUGGACGAGGACACCAUCCUUCACUUCUUUGUACAAAUCUUACUUGCCCUGUACCACGUCCACAACAAACUUAUUUUGCACAGAGACCUUAAGACGCAGAACAUUCUUCUUGAUAAGCACCAGAUGAUCGUCAAAAUUGGUGACUUUGGCAUCUCUAAAAUCCUUGUCAGCAAGAGCAAAGCUUACACGGUGGUCGGGACCCCAUGUUACAUCUCCCCAGAGCUGUGUGAGGGAAAGCCGUAUAACCAGAAGAGUGACAUCUGGGCUUUGGGCUGUGUGCUCUAUGAGCUAGCAAGCCUUAAGAGAGCCUUUGAGGCAGCUAAUCUACCUGCCCUCGUUCUGAAGAUUAUGAGCGGAACGUUUGCCCCGAUUUCAGACCGGUACAGCCCAGAACUCCGACAUCUCAUUCUCAACAUGCUCAAUCUGGAUCCAUCCAAACGGCCUCAACUCAAUGAAAUAAUGGCUCUUCCCAUAUGCAUCAGGCCCCUCCUGAAUCUCUUCACAGAUAUUGGCAAUGUCAAAAUGCGCAGGAUUGAGAAACCACUGUCUGCUGUGCAAACUGGACGUCAUGGUAGACCAGGAGGGAGAGUUCCUACCAACAGGUCUAGAGAUGGAUCAGUGGGUUUAGGAUCAGGGAAGGUGCAUUCCCUCCCGCUGUCGUCGGUGUACACGUGGGGAAGUGGAAUCUCAGCGCCUCUCCGCCUCCCGAUGCUCAACACUGAGGUGCUUCAGGUGUCUCUGGGCCGCACCCAGAAGAUGGGGGUGACCAAGUCUGGCCGUCUGAUUACAUGGGAGACUCCAUCAGUGGGGUCCGGUGAGGCAAGUCUGCCCGGUGUGGUGGAGCAGAUGCAGCCUCAGUUCAUUUCCCGUUUCCUUGAGGGUCAGUCUGGAGUCACCAUCAAGUCGGUAUCCUGCGGGGAUCUUUUUACCACCUGCAUGACAGACAGGGGCAUUAUCAUGACGUUUGGUAGUGGUAGCAACGGCUGCCUAGGACACGGUAACUUCAAUGAUGUAACACAGCCCAAGAUAGUUGAGGCACUCCUCGGCUACGAGCUGGUUCAGGUGUCAUGUGGUGCUUCCCACGUACUCGCUGUGACCAACGAAAGAGAAGUUUUUGCCUGGGGAAGAGGAGACAAUGGUCGCCUUGGGCUUGGCACCCAAGACACCCACAACUCUCCACAGCAGGUGUGUUUACCUGUGGAAUUUGAGGCCCAAAGGGUGAUGUGUGGAGUGGACUGUUCCAUGAUUAUCAGCACCAAAUACAGCAUUGUGACAUGUGGAAGCAACAGGUUCAACAAGCUUGGGCUGGAUAAGAUAACAGCUGGAGAGGAACCAAAUCCCUCCAAUCAGGUGGAAGAAGUCCAUUCUUUCACUCCUGUCCAGUCAGCUCCACUCAACAGUGAGAAGAUUGUUCACAUUGACAUUGGUACAGCACAUUCUGUUGCUGUUACAGAAAGGGGUCAAUGUUUUACCUUUGGCAGCAACCAGCAUGGCCAGAUGGGCUGUAGCUCCCGUCGUAGCAGCCGUGUCCCCUACCCGGUGCCUGGGCUGCCGGGCAUCACCUUGGCUGCAUGUGGAGACGCCUUUACCUUAGCUAUCGGACCUGAUGGGGAGGUGUACACCUGGGGAAAGGGGGCCCGCGGCCGCCUCGGAAGAAAAGAGGAGGAUUCUGGGAUACCGAAGGCGGUGCAGCUUGACGAGAGUCACCCAUUCACGGUGACAUCGGUGGCUUGUUGUCAUGGCAACACUCUGCUGGCAGUGAAACAUGAAAGACAAGCUGAACUUGAGACAAGCUUCUCUUGAUAACAUCGACAGAGAUGCAUGUUUAUGAAGAAUUGAGAAUGCACUCAUUUCUUUGCUUGAGGAACCUGUCCCACGAUGAUUUUGUCCUAAAAACAAACCCCCACCUCCUCAGCAGUCGCCAAGAAGCCCGGCGGUGGCAUGAAGUGAAGCUUCCUCUGAAUAUAACUCCUCCCAGAGGCCCAUCUGUGCUGCAGUUGAAAGAUUCCCUUUCACACUGCAGCUGCGGCCUCAGAACUCCACUUGGUCUUCCUCUCUGUCUAGUUUUUUUUUUUCUUCUCUUUCCGGGAAUGAAUGUUGGUUUCAUUCGGCGGUUUGAUAUCAUAAAGCAAGGCAAGGAAAAGGCAGAGCCCUGUGUGUUGCAGCAAGUGUAUCCCACAACAGGAACAGGUUAGUUAAAGGACUGUUGCAACACUCUUUCUGAAGCUGGAUUACAGGAAGUCAUUAGGCAGCUUUCGUGUGAUGAGCUGUUGUUGUCUUUCACGCGGGAAGUUAGCAUGAUAAAGGCCAAUAAAAGUCAAACUGGUUUGAGCUCCCUUAAGCCUCUGGUGAAUGAGAGGACAGCGCGCAGAAACAAAAAGAACAAAAGCCACUUGACUGUUUAGCAACUUAUCAGUCAAAUGAACCAAACACAUUAUUCUCGAUCGCAUCGUCAGCGCUCACAUUGUGCUUUAUCGGAUUAGUCCUCCAAUACAUUUGUAACUCAACAACAGCAUUCAAACCAGAUAACGAUGUGUUCAGGGUUCAACUGAUCAGCGUCUUUACGACUUAAUGGCUGUGUUCCAAAUCUUGUUCACUCCUCCCUACAUAAGUGAGACUCAAUAGUUUACUCUGCAGGGAGCUGUAAACAUGGACACCAAUUAAUCAUCCUCAUCACUGACAUCUAUUAAAUCUGAGAAAUUGCAUUGUGGGAUUGUUAGCAAAAACAUUGUUGUGUUCCAUUGUAGGAAUCUUUGAGAGCACUACUUUAUGGAGGAUAGAUGUCACACUCGGGACACU